AUUCUCAACGUAACGUCACAAUGGCUUCUAAAUCCGUCGUCGUUCUCCUCUUCCUCGCUCUUGUGGCUUCCUCCGUCGUUGCUCAAGCUCCGGGACCAUCUCCAACCAUGUCUCCUCUCCCGGCAACUCCUCCACCGUCUGAAUCUCCAAGAACCGCCGCACCAACACCUUCACCUUCAUCCUCAACCAACCCUCCUUCCUCAGCUCCUACCACCGCUCCUCCGGUUACUCAGCCGCCGAGUGAGUCUCCGGCUACCUCCACUUCUCCGGCAGCUCCUCCGACGCCUACUUCUCCUGCCGGAGCUCCGGCCAUGAAUGCUCCAUCUGGUGAAGCUGGACCUGUUCAGUCUCCUUCUACUGGCUCUCCAAACGCUGGUUCAGUGAGUAGAGUCUCCGUUAUCGGAACUUUCGCCGGAGUCGCCGUGAUCGCUGCUUUGUUGGUGUAGAUUCAUUACAACAUUAUUUUUGGUUUCAUUGUUUGUCCUAUUUCAUUGUUUGUCCUAUUUUGGUUUAUCAUUUAAUUAGUAAUGUGAUUUUUAUAGCGUGUUUAGAGAUUUAAGGAUUCGAUUUCUGAUUUGUUUCUAGUUUAUAUGACGUUUAUUAUCAUGUUAUUAUUAUUGGGAUUAUGUUAUGUUUAUUAUUGAAUUCUUGAAUAAAUCAUGGUUACUAGAA